AGAAAAAAAGUAACCCACGGCACCGAGAAGCUUUCAGCCUCAAUAUCGUCGUCGUAUCAUCGUAUAUCAAUGUCGUCGGUAAUGUCGCACAAGAUGGCGGCCGGCAACUGCGGCGACGGUCCGCGAGCGCUCAUCGGCCCGUCGAUCCUCAACGCCGACCUCGCCGACCUUGCGGCCGAGUCGAACCGGCUGCUGGAUGCCGGCGCCGACUACCUCCACCUGGACGUCAUGGACGGCCACUUCGUGCCGAACCUGACCAUCGGCCACCCCGUGAUCAAGUGCCUGCGGCGGCGCGUGCCCGCGGCCUUCUUCGACAUGCACAUGAUGGUCGAGCGGCCGGAACGCUGGGUGCAGCCGAUGGCCGACGCCGGCGCCGACCAGUACACGUUCCACGUGGAGGCGGCGGGCGACGUCGCGGCGAUGGUGCGGCACGUGCGCGAGGCCGGGAUGCGCGUCGGAGUCGCGCUGAAGCCGGGCACGGCCGUCGACGUCGUCACGCCGUGGGUCGAUCGCGUCGACAUGGUGCUCGUGAUGACCGUCGAGCCGGGGUUCGGUGGACAGAGCUUCAUGGCCGACAUGAUGGCGAAGGUGCGGUAUCUCCGUGAGAACUUCAAAGACCUCGACAUUGAGGUCGAUGGAGGGGUCGGGCCGGUGAACAUCGACGCGUGCGCCGACGCUGGCGCCAACAUGAUCGUCAGCGGCACGGCGCUGGUGACGAGCAGCGACCCCGCGCAGGCGAUGAUGACGAUGCGCACGAGCGUCACGCGCGGACUCGACGCCUUCAAGAAGGUCUAGCGCGCGUGACGCAGGGCUGUGUGUGUGGGGAAAGGUCUAGCGCGCGUGACGCAGGGCUGCGUGCGUGGCUAGGUUCUCAGCGAGUGGGGCUAGCGUCUAGCGCGCGGUGAAUGCAGUGCUGCGCGUUGGGGCUAGUCUAGCGCGC